AUGCGUCGCCGCGCGUUGGACAUCGCGGCGACGGCCCUGCGGCGCGGGCGCAUCGCGGUCAGGGUGUCAUCCACCGAGGCGGGAGGAGGGUUGGGGGAUUCGCGCGGACGGAGCGGCGGUGCGCGAGCGGCAGGCGGGUCUCGGGGCGGCGGGUGGGGCGACGAGGAGCACACGGCGGCGAUACGCGAGCGCAUACGCGCGGUGCGAGCGUCCUACGCGGGCGACGACGGCCGCGCGCACUCAUCGUCCGCCGCUUCCGCGUCGUCCUCGUCGCCGUCCACCUCUGGUCGCGGCGCGGUGCCGCCGUGGAGCCGACCCGAUCGACACGCCGUCUACGACCCGGCCGCGUUCGACGAGUACUUCUCCCGCAGGCCGCUCAAGGUGAUGUACCGGUUCCUCGAGGUGGUGACGCGGCUAUCGGACGUGGGCGCGAGGGUGUACGUCAAGCGCGGCACGAUCGAGGAGCGCGCGGCGAGGAUGCGAAGGCACUUCACCGAGCUCGGACCCGCGUUUGUCAAGCUCGGGCAGGUGCUCUCCACGCGAGCCGACCUGCUCCCGGCGUCGUACUGCGAGCAGCUGGGUCAGCUGCAGGACAACCUACCCCCGGCGAGCAGGGAACACGCGCUCGCGCUGCUGAGACGCGAGCUCGACGCGCCCCCCGAGGCGUUCUUCGAGCGCAUCCCCGAGACGCCCGUCGCGGCGGCUUCGUUGGCGCAGGUGUACAGGGCCCGCACCGUGGACGGGGGUCUGGACGUGGCCGUGAAGCUUCAGCGCCCGGGCCUCGCCGAGUCCGUCGCGCUGGACGCGACGAUCUUGAGGCUGAUCGCGAGGAUCGUCCGGCGGUUCGUGCGUUUACGGAGCGACGUCGUGGGCAUCGUCGACGAGCUCAUCGGGCGAAUCUUCGACGAGAUGGACUACCGAAGAGAGGCGGAUUCCAUACGCAGGUUUCGCGACGUUUACCGCGUCGGCGGCGGCGCGGGUUCCGGUCUGGAGGGCUUAGUGCGGGCGCCGGCGGUGCUCGACGAGCUGAGCACGCGCGCCGUGCUCGUGAUGGAGUGGAUCGACGGCGCUAGGCUCACGGACGUCGACGCCGUCGCCGCGGCGGGUUUGACGCCGAGCGAUUUGUUGGAACGCGGCGUGAGGUGCUCGUUGCACCAACUCCUCGAGACCGGCUUCAUGCACAGCGACCCGCACCCGGGUAACCUGCUCGUGGCACCGGACGGCUCGCUCGUGUACCUGGACUUCGGCAUGGUCGUGGAGGUUUCGCCGGGGACGAGGAGGGCGAUGAUACGCGGGUUGGUCGGCUUCGUCAACCGCGACGCGCAAAGCCUCGUCGGAGAUUUACGAACGUUGGAUUUCCUCCCGAGCGACGUUGACCACGCCGCCGCGGGCGCGGCGCUGCGUGGCGUCUUCGAGGCGUCGUCCGCGGGGAGGGCGGCGCGUGCCGGGGAGGACGCCGGCGGCGGAGGGGUGGUGACGCUGCCGAGCGGGAGCGCGGUUCGCGGCACGAACGAUUUCCUCGGAGUCGUGUCGCAGCUCUCCGCGGCGCUUCUCGCGCACGACUUUCGACUUCCGCCCUAUUUCGCGAGGAUCCUGAGGGCGCUCGCGGCUCUGGAGGGCACCGCGACCGGGAUCGACAGGGAGUUCAAGGUGAUCGAGAGGGCGUACCCGUACGUGUUGGCGCAGUUACUCGCCGACAAGGACCCCGAGAUGAGGGACAUCCUGAGGCGGUUGGUGUUGGAGCCCUGCGGAACGAGCGUGCGGUGGUCGCGAGUGCGAAGGCUGCUCAACGCGUACGUGGAAUCGGGCGGAGGCAUCAGUGGGGGUAAGCGCAAGGCAAACGCGGCGGGGGGCGCCGCGAGGUCCGAGCCGUUCGGCGGGUGCAGGGCGGCGGAGACCGCCGCGGGGUUGGCCGCGGGCGCGAGAGCGUUGGCAUCAGGUGCGGAUUAUUCGCGCCACGAGGACGACGACGCGGCGGCUGCGGCGGCGGCCGUGAGGGACGCGUUGGCGUACGUGAUGUCCCCGUCCGGCGCACCGCUGCGAGUGACGCUGGUGAGGGACGUCUUGGACGCGCUGGAUGCGUACCUGGAGGUUAUGGAGGGUCCUUCAGAAGACCGCGGGUUUGGCGGCGGCGACGCUUUUUUUGGCGCCGAGGACCUCAAGAGACUGGCGGAAACUGGACGUGCCGUGUACCUCCGCGCGCCCACGGCUUGGGCGCCCGUCGUGGUGAACGCGGUGAUGCGUGAAGAGGCGUGCGAGAUGGCGGGACGCGUGGCGCAGGGAGUGAGCGAGCGCGUGACGAGGGACAACACGAGGAGGUUGGUGAAGCGAGUGGUUGAGCAUUUUUUUGCCUCGAAGCCGUGA